ACGAAGCGCAGUAGUAACAAUGCUAACCUUUAUGCAAGUGGUUUCGUCGUUGUCUGAACGUCAAUGUGAAGUCGAGAAAAACAGUUGCAAGAUUCCUGAAGUCAUGGGCUCUACAAUGGAAGUUGGAAAAUAUGCUACAUGUCGCUAUCACUGGAAGAAAUCUCUACCUUUUAAUGUCGCCGACAAAAUUUUACUCUUUGUUAAUUACGGACAGGUCGAUAGCGGAAUGACCAAAGUGGAACUGUUGUUAAAGAAAUCUCACUACUAUAGCGGCGAACUUCGGAUACCAUGUGGAGAACAUUCCGGAAUUCUUCGAGUCUCUCAGGUCGAUUACCAACUGGAGUCUAUCCAAGUGAAGAAUUAUAUGUUUGAGAUUGACCUUUACAUCAAAGAUGAACCUUCCAAUGAAUUUUCUUCAUCUCCGAUUUCGCGAUCAAUAAAUAUCACAAGGAUUUCUCCUGACAUCAGCUUACAAGAUCAACGUAUUAAAUCACGUUUAAGGCUUCAAAAAAUGUCAUCCACACAAAACGAACGUGCCCAAACACCUGACUCGACGCUGACAACAGAGCAGGAGCUGACUUUAAGUAUUAAUGAAAACAAGCCAUCUCUUUCAUUAGAUAAACAAGACGGUUCAGAAGAUAACAUUGGGAUUUUUAUAAACGAUGCUUCAUCUUUUGACGGACGAACCACUUCGAAAUGCAUUGUAAGUGAUGUUCUCGAAGCCAAAACACCUCUUCAACAUACAGUGUGGCCCAAUCAUUCGAAAGAAACGAAUGCAAAUCCAGAUUUGUUCUCGAAACAAAUUUCUUGUAAUUUUGAGUCAUCGAACAAUUUAGAUCUUCUGAGCAUGAAUCCUGAGACAAUUUGUGAAAACAGCGGUUGUGUUGAUAAAGAUCCGUACCUCGAUAUGUCGCCAUUACUUUCCACGAAUAUACUACGACCAAACGACAUCGAACCUUCUUGCAGCUUCUAUGGCAGUAACCCAGAGUCGCUUACUCGGACGCAAAAUGAUUCUCUGAAUCUGAUUUCGGCGCUUGACUGGAAAGAUUCCUUGCUUUCUGCAAACCAAACUACACAAAAUACGAUGACCAACGAGACUCAUCCAAUAUGUUCCGACAGUAAAAGUUUGUUAAAUUCUAAAGAAACUUCUGUUUUCGAAAUACCUGUCAUGACUCCGCAGGAUGCCACGGAUACCAAAUGCAGUAUGAGCAGUGAUUUAGUGCCUCUGGUGACACCCGCCGUGUCUCCUAUUCCUGUCGGUCAUAAUCUGCUACAACACCAGCAGGAACUGCAACCUUUACUGCCUUUGCCACCACAACAACAGCAGCAGCAGCAUCACCCACUACAACCGCAACAGCAUCAGCAAGAACAGCAACAGCCACAACCCAUACAGCCGGAACAACAGGAACAACAAAUGUUAUUGCAGCAACAGCAACAACAACAGCAACAUCAGCAGCAACAACAACAACAGCUGCAGCAACAUCUCUUACAGCAACAACAACAACAACUACUACAUGUGCAACAAGGGCCCGUACCAUGUAUACCAAAUGGUUCUGACAUUCUUCCUGUGUUUGCAAGGAAAAUAUAUUCAUCGGGCAACGAGGUAUCUGGUGAUACAAGAGACCUGACCAAACCUGGAAGGUAUGCUGAAGACAAUAUUGAUUUAACCCAUAAACUGGAUCUGCUGCAAAAAAUGAAUGAGACGCUCCAUGUAGAAUUAGUUCAGUUGCGUGGCAGCGUACCAGAACUUGUUUCCAAGACUCACUUGUCCUGGCUUCAAUCUCAGUCAACACUUCUGAAAGAGGAAUGCAGGGAUAGCCUUGUGAAACACCUAAAAGAAGAAAAACAAAGUCUUCAAGAUGAAGUUAUGAGACUCAAGGAAGAGCUGUUCCGCUACCGCCACCUAGUAGCCAAUAGUCAAAACAGUUCUAUCAAUUCGGACGCCUAUUCUAUUUGUUCUUCAUUUCACGGUGACAAUUUAGUCCUUCAUAAGCAGAUCGCCGAUCUUCAGCAACAAGUGAUCCACUUGCAAGAAACCAAUCUAGUCACCUCCGGCCAACUGACCAAAGCUCUACGAGAGAUCAACAGUUUUCAGACCCAAACGUAUAAGAUAACAGAUCUGGAGAGAGUACAAGAUGCGAGAGGUCAUCUUGAGCAGAUUGAUAGCAAACUGGAGAACUGCACGUCUAGCCCGGUAUUUACUUCUACCAAUGAAGGCGACGUAUAUGCGUGGAAUGGCAGCCAAAGCAACCAAGAUUCCAAUGAAAAUACAGGGUGUGAAGAGACGCUUAAAACUAAUGAAAAUAAUAAUAAGUCACUCGCCACAGGCAAUAUAGAAGUUACAGACUGCGUGUUUCCACAGACUAACAGCCGGCAUUUAAGUGCAGAAUCGAAAGAAAUGCAGAAUAUUCCUGGAGGAAAAUCUCAGCUUGAAAAUAAUCAUUCUGGUCCAGACUGCAAAUCUGCAUCUGAGCUUUGGGCCAAAGACAAAGCACAACUUACUGAGAUGGGAACGGAUAAUAUGAAUUUGAUAUCAUCUUCUCUGACAUCAUCGAAAAGCGGCAAGAGAAAUGACAAAAUGCACAGGGAAGAUGCUGUCAAUAGAAAAAAAGAAGCUCAACAUCGUGAAUUCAACAAUAUUGAGUUGGUUAACAACUCAUUGAUUACAGAUGUCCACAGUUUUCCACCUUCGAGACAGACCCGCUGGGACCAGUACAACCAAGUCAGACUGAAUGAAACUUCCAUCCGAAAACUGCAGAAAUCCCUGGAUGCUCAAGACCACAUGCACCAAAGCUUCCUGGAACAUUAUAAACCGAAUAGUAAUUUCCAGGCCAGUCUCUCACACACCAACGAUCAACAGAAGUCGUCAAGAAAUAGAUUCAAACGUGGGGUUACUCCUGCAAGAACUAAUGGUCAGUUCGUUCAUUCAGCAACAAGUGAUUCCACAUCCUGUUUGCUAGCAGCUUCCAUAUUUCCAGUCGUAACAACUUCCGGCGAUUCACCAGCAGAUCUCGGUGAUGAUGUUCCUGACUUCAGUGAUACAGCCACGGACGUUCUUUUGAAUACAACCCCAACUGAACGGAACACCAUGUCGUCCUUCUAUUCGCCGCCACUGGCUUUGUCCCUGUCGCCUACAGUUAAAGAGGAUGUUACCAACAGAUUCUGCCAUCAGUUGUCUCUUGAUUCAAUAAGUUCCAGUUGUCAAAGCGUCAGCAACACUGAUGCCAGCAGCCAACAUCGAUCGUCGAGGAAGAGGUCGCAAUCAGCAGAGCCGAGAGUGAAGAAUUCUGCCGUUUCCGAUACACUUCAAGUAGAUUCCAUUGUGGCAGAGAACAGAACUGCCAGGCUGCACUCAUCUCACCCCACGCAACUCAACUACAUGAAUAGGCUUAAAAAAGUGCAAGAAAAACCAGCGAACAGGAAGUUUAUAACCGGAAGUGAAUCUAGCAAACGGCAAUGGUCAUUGACCCAAGGGAAAAGACCUUAUGUCCCUCAAUCCCCAGACGACAUUCAUUUGGGAGAUAUUGUGAAAUUCUCCAAAUAUGGCGGCAAAAUAUCUCAAGGGAUUGUGAAGUUUAUUGGCCCACUAUCUGGUCGCUCGGAUACCUAUAUAGGGAUUGAACUACAUCAAGACGAUGGUAAACAUGAUGGUGUGUUUGAAGGAAACAGAUAUUUCAAAUGUAAACCCAACAAAGGUGUAUUUGUGACAUACAACAAAAUUGUUAUGGCUUGGGUGCCGUGCUAACCGUAAAAACUUCUAGGAUGCAGAACCUGUUUAUAUCAUCAUGCGACCUUUGGAAGAAUUACUGUGCCAAACCGGAAAAUUGAAAGUAUUUCCUACAUCGAUCUAAUUGUUCUAGCUUUCAGAUUCGGUCAUAAUCGAGCAAAAAUAGACACAUGAUCAGUAUCGACUAAUGAACUUAUGAUCAGAACCAGUGUACUAUUACUAGUGUGGAUUUAUGAUUGAGUUAAUCAGUGUGAAAUUAUCAAUCGAAGUGAAUAGUAGGACCAGUAUUUACAUACCUAUGACCAAUGUUGUCUUAUGACGACUGUGAAUUUAUGACUAGUAUUAAGCCGUGUUCAGUGUGAAUUUUUACUUUCUGAGUCAGUAUAAAUCUUGAACCUGUAUUGACUUAUUACCAAUACGAACUUAUGACUAGUGUUGAUCAGGGAAAACUAUGAUCAACAUUAACGUAUGACCAGGAUUAAUACAAACUAUGAUUAUUAUGAACCUAUGACCAGUAUGGGCCAAUGACUUAUGACUAAUAUCAAUCAUUAUGAAACUGUGAUUAAUGCGAAGUUACGACAAGGAAAAAUGUCUACUUACGACCAACGUAGACCUAUGAUUAAUGUGCUGCUAUGAUACAUAUGAAAUACAGAAGUAUUCUCAAUGUAGCUGAUCGUGUUGAUAUGUCUUAAUUAACAUUAUUAAGUUUUAAAGGUCUAAUUGACUUUAUACUUAAGCAAAAGAGUUCAAAUCUUCAAAUGAGGGAUAGGGUAUGUUGUGACUUUAUGCAGCAUUCAGCAGAAUUGAAUUAAGGGUGCUGGCUAAAUAAAAUGGCUACUAUCUACGAUCGAAGCAUAUAGUUUCAUCCCACUUCGUUAUGACUUCAAAUGGCUGCAGGAAGCAAUAUUAUUUUUCCUUUCUUCGGGGAUCGUUAAUUUAUGUACCAAUAAUA